ACAAAAUAGUCUUAUUGUAAGACAUCAAAAAUAAGUGAAGCUACUUUUUUAUAAUUUUGACUAUAAAUGUUGCUUUGUGAAUUCCACGUAAUUGGCCAUGAGUGAAUGUGGAAUUUUGAACGGGAGGAGGAGAUUAAGGCCACACUUGUACGUACAAAAUGUGCGAUCCAUGUCGAUGUUUAAGGAGGUGCAUCAGCUGCCAUGGCGGAUGCUGUCCCAUACCUAGUUGCUGUGCGCGACCUUGUCCUAUUAAUACGCGGAAUUGUCGCGUGGUGUUUCCCGGGGAGUAUCAAAAGUUCUCGGACAUGGUGCCACCCAGUUUUCUUCAGAAACAGCCAAAGCCACCGAAAAGAAAGAAACGUUCAAAGAGUUGCACACCAUGUGUAGAGCGAUGUAAGGAGCCGUGUGCGGAUAUUUGUAAGGAAACGAGUGAAGAUUGUGAAAAAGAAAAGGAUGGAAAUGAACAGCAAAAUCCUGAAGAAUUCGGGCAAGGUAAUGAUGCAGGAUAUGGAUAUGGAGCUCCUGCUGUAGGAUUUCAGGGAGUUCCAGGGGCUGGCUUUGGUUUUCAGCCGGGACAACCCACUAUUAUACCGUGUUAUGGAACCUACGGUCCGGCAGGAAAUGCCAUGAUUUUUGGAAUUCCGCCACCCACUCAAUAUGGAAACUUUGGAGUUCCCGGUCCCAUGGUUUUACCAGUAGCUCAGUCAUCUGCAGUGGGUCAGGGAGAUGCUCGUCGUCCACGAGGUCCUCCGGCGGCAGGUCUACCCACACAAUAUUCAUCAAAGUUUAAUCCCUGUACGGGAGAAGUUUACCAAUGUGGAAGUCAACAAAUGUCAGCUGGAAGACCAACAGAAAUGGUACAAGGUCCCUCCUAUAACCAGUUCUGUGAGGGUAUCGGCACGAAUUUAGGACCAAACAAUGGGUAUAAUUCAUUUAAUGGGCCGCUAUCAAUAGAUCAAAGGCAAGCCAUGCCAAACAAUGUUUUUGCCGGAGUUCCGCCAGUUUAUGGCCAGCAAAGUCAGGCCAUUAAUUUUGGACCCAACAAUCAGAGCUAUAAUUAUAAUGUCGGACAGAGAAGUCUAGAUUCCCGACAAGUACCCCAAUCUCAGCCAUCAACGGGACAGGUGCGUCAAGGUGGUGCCAGGUCAAAGUCCGUUGGUCCACCAUCCGAAUUUAGAGGAGCCCAAGCCCUUAAUCAGCAGCAUCCAGGAAUUCACUUUGGACCUAACAACCUAAAUAAUGCUCAUAGUCAGGGGAAGACGACAAUUGAUUUAAGAUCAACCGGGCAAGCUAAGUCAUCUGUGGUUCAUAAUGAUAACAGGUCAAAGUCCCAAAGACAACGAAGCGAGUCUAGGGGUCGUACAUCCGAUAAACCAUCCGAGUUCAGGGGAACUAAGGCUCCUAGUAAUGGCGGAGGAAGAUGUUUGGAUCCUAGAUCCGUUCCAAGAUCUAUGCCAAGUGGUGGUAAAUUGCGUCAAGGUGAUACUCGAACGCACGACUCAAGAAAAAGAAAUAAAUCGAUGGAAGCCCCUUUCAAUAGACAACCCCAAUCGAAUAUUGUUUAUACCCAAAAUAGUGUGGGCAUGGGUAUCGACCCAUCAAAUCAGUAUUAUCCUUACAACGAUUGUGCUCCAUUAAAUGCUACGUUUGUGCACCAGCUAAACUUAUCCAACGAACAGCCACGCCAAGACAAUGAAAGAGCAACUUUCGCGAAAACAAGAAAUAUGUCUAAAGAAAGACCGGAGAAAAGUAAAAAUUCGACGAAAUGUCAGUCAAGUAAGAAAGAAUCCCAAGGACCGUCUACUGAGCAACCCAUUAAAUGUUACUGCACGCGGUUCGAUUCCCACAAUCAAUAUUAUCCGUACUACAUCUCCGAAGAAUCAGAAUGCCCACCUCCUGAGAACGCGAGGCCGGCAAAAGAGAAGGCCCAGAAGGACUGCUCGGAGCUUCUCAGCCGCAUCACCGAGUCCUGUCCUCCGUGUGAUCUUCAAAAGUGGUGUCAACUCCUGAUGCCUAAGGCCAAGCGCAAAAAUCAGGUGAAACCGGCUGCCAAAAAGAAGAAAAAAUCGAAUGGGGCGUCGAAGUCGAAGUCGAAGGUCAUAGCCAACAUGAGUAAGCAGGUCUCGAAAGAGAUGAUCGGCGGUGUGUCGUACGCUCAAACGCCAAUCAACGCCGAGGAACCCGCAACUUCGGCAGGAGAUGCAGCACCAGGAUCUGAAGAGGCUAACUGCCCGGGCGGUUGCAAAAGUCCUUGUCCGACCGCUCCGCCGAAACCAGAAAUGAAGAACUGCGGCUGCUCUGCCAACCUGCCUGUAGAAACCGAAUCCCAGCCAGCUCCUUGUGACCCUUAUCCCGUAACCCCCGGCUGCACCGGCCGCUGUAACCCGUGUCCUUGGUCCUGGUACUACAAUCCCUGCAACGGCUGCUAUUACUACUGUGCGAACUGCUGCAAUGGCUGUUGUAAUUGCUGCAAUUGUUGCUGCAGUCCGUGUGGUCGCUGUGGCGGCAACGCCCCUCCUCCGCUGGAGAAGAUCCCUCCAAAACCGAAGCCAAAGGAAAGGCCGGACAAAACGACCAGCAGCAGGAGAAACUCCGCCGGAGCUUGUGUGAAUUUCGACAGUAUAUUGAGCGAUCCGGGCUUCUGUGGCCUUCCCCCUCCACCUGGUGUCCCAAUGCAGUCGGUUUCAACUCUGCCAGGAUACCGUCCAACUGCUCCGCCCCAUUUCAGCUCCCCCUACAGCGUACGGUGGGAGGCGGGCGCAGUGGACAUAAAUCGGUCCAAUCAGCGGGAUAACCGAAGUACUUCAAACAUCACCUGCAUGCGCCACGGAUAAAUACCAUCAUGUCUAAAUUUUACGUUGAAUAUUUUACAUUUUAAUAAUAAUAAAAGAGGCGAGUGCCUCGACUAACACA